ACAUUAUUUAGCGUAAACAGUAAAACUUCUGAUAGUUCUUGAGAGCUCUCCUCUUCGGAACAGCUCGACCUUCACGCCAAUGGCGUCUUCUUCUCUUACUUCGUUCCCAUGCCUAUCCUCGCUCAAAAUGACGAUUAAGCCCAUGGCAGCUCUCACCAAUCCCCCAAGAACGAAAACUCCAUACGAACUGAAAAAGGGGCAAAACCGUCUCUUCCACAAGCUUCCCUCUGGUCUAAAAAUGGAGGUAAUCGAACAACGAAGAAGCAAAUCCGAAAGAGAGAAUCCACCAUUGGUGUUUGUACAUGGAAGCUAUCACGCAGCUUGGUGUUGGGCUGAACAUUGGUUACCUUUCUUCUCUUCUUCUGGGUUUGAUUCUUAUGCUGUUAGUUUACUAGGUCAGGGUGAAAGUGAUGAUCCUUUGGGAACAGUUGCUGGAACACUUCAGACGCAUGCAAGUGAUAUUGCGGAUUUUAUCGAAUUGAAUCUUGGCUCUUCACCUCCUGUUCUUAUUGGUCAUUCUUUUGGAGGACUCAUUGUUCAAUAUUACUUGGCAAAUAUUGUAAACAAGCAGACGUUAGGAACGGAAAAUGCGUUUCCAGAACUUUCAGGGGUUGUACUUGUUUGCUCGGUUCCACCUUCGGGUAAUAGCGGCUUAGUUUUACGUUAUCUCUUCUCUAAACCUGUGGCUGCUUUUAAGGAUGAUGAGGGGCUGAAGGAAACCGGGCGGUUUUAUGAGGUUGAACCGGUUUGUAUUGAAGGUGUUGCUCAUGACAUGAUGCUAGAUUGUUCAUGGGAGAAAGGUGCUGAGGUUCUUUUGAGUUGGCUUUGUGGUUUGUCUAAACCGGGAAAUUUAUCUGCUUAAUGGAGUAUUUGUGUAGAUAGCUGCUUCUCUUUUUUUUUUUUUUCAGGUAAAAGAAAGAAAAGUGAAGUGUUGAUUUAGUUUGUGGAUAUUAAAAAUAAAAGUGUGGGACAAAAACAAAAUUGCAAUUUUCA